AAUGAAAAAUGAAGAUGGAGAAAACGAGAUGGUGGUGGUGAUGGUAGUGGGGCAUUCAUUCUUCCAAACCCCGAGAGAAAACAACCUCUGUCCUCUUCUCCUUUCCUCCGCCGACGGUGUCGCCCCUCCUCCUACACGGAAGUAACCGAACUGAACUACUUUCCAUCGAAGGAGAUGCGUCGCUGACUGGGGCAAGCUCAGAUCUGGCCGUCCUUCGGGGUCCUCGAUUAGCAUUCCGUCCUGCUCCGCUUGAAGAAGAAGAAGAAGAAGAAGAAGCUUUUGAUUACUUUCAAAUCGAUUGGCAGCUUUUCAAUUACGUCAAACCUAUUGAUAGCAGCAGCUUAAUGACUUAAUAAAGUGGCAGGCGGCUCAUAGUCAUGAAGAGAUUAGCUUGCUGUCGCCGCCGUACCAAAGACUUGAGCCUUGAUUUCGAGGAGAAGGAAAACAGAGUGAUGACAUAUAAUGGCCUUGAGAGCUGCAUCCUCAACAGCUGCACCUACGACGAUGAGAGUGCUGGCGAUGGAACGAGUGGAACUAAUGGAUCUGUAGUCAUUGACUCCCCUGAUGAGGAUGCUUCAAGUUGCUUCUCCAGCAAGGAUGCCCUCGGCUCUUCCUUCUCUUCACAGUGCUUGCCCUCGAGCAAGCAGGAGCACUUGCUAGAUGAGUUGGAUAAUCUUAACACCCUGCAUCAUUUCUGCACUAAAGGAAAGGCACCUGCCGCAUACUCAAUGGAAGUCUCAGAUGUUGAGGUAAUGAAGGAAAAGUUUGCAAAGCUGUUGCUUGGUGAGGAUGUUUCAGGGGGGGCCAAAGGGAUCAGUACUGCUCUUGGGUUAUCUCAUGCCAUUACCAAUCUUGCAGCAUCAAUAUUUGGGGAACUUUGGAAAUUGGAACCCUUAUCUGAAGGAAAAAAGAGCAGAUGGCGCAGAGAAAUGGACUGGUUGCUUUCCCCUACCAACUACAUGGUUGAGCUGGUUCCUGCAAAGCAGAAUGGCACUGAUGGUGGGAUGCUAGAGAUAAUGACCCCAAAAGCUCGUGCAGAUGUUCAUGUGACACUUCCUGCCCUUCGAAAACUAGACUCGAUGCUCAUUGAAGUGUUAGAUUCAAUGGUGGACAUGGAGUUUUGGUACGCGGAAGUAGGUGGCAGAGAUGAUGGAUCCAGCCUGCACAAUGGUACAAAGAGCAAGAAAUGGUGGCUUCCUGCUCCUCGGGUUCCAGAGUCUGGACUCUCCCCUUCCCAAAGAAGAAAGCUUGGUUUCCAGGCUAAAUUUGUCCAUCAAAUCCUGAAAGCUGCCAAAUCCAUAAAUGAACAGGUCUUGGUCCAAAUGCCUAUUCCCUCUGCCAUCAAGGAUGCUCUUCCAAAGUCAGGAAAGGCUAGCUUGGGUGUAGAUAUCUACCAUGCUAUUGCUGCAGAAUCAAUUCCAGUUGAGGAAGUCUUGCUUUCUCUAAACAUGGAAACUGAACACAGUGUUCUUGAUAUGGUAAACCAGUUGGAAGGUGCAGUUUUUGCCUGGAAGCAGAGGAUUACUGAAGAAACAAUGAAAAAGUCACCGAUAAGAUACCCAUGGUCUUUUGUCAAAGAAAAUGGAUCAGAGCUUGAGAAGAGGGUAGUCAAUUUGGAGAGGGCCGAAGCACUUCUGCAUCUUUUAAGAAUCAGAUUCCCUAACCUCCCCCAAUCCUUUAUUGAUGUCACCAAGGUCCACCACAACAAGGAUGUUGGACAUGCCAUUACCGAAGCCUAUUCAAGGGUUCUUGGAGGUUUGGCAUUCAGUAUCUUGUCAAGGAUAGGAGAUAUCUUUCAAGAGGAUGACUUGAAGAAUCCCACCACUCCAAUUGCCAACCUCAAAUUUGAUUUCUCAUCUAAUGUAUAUCUGGCUGGAAUCGCAGAAACACCCCCUGGUCAUAUAAAGCGGUCUCUAAUUGACCAGAUGAACACUGUGGAUGGGCGUUUUAGCAGCUUCUACAUUGGUAAGGCCUCAGAGGAGCACUUUCUCGAUGGCAAGGCCAAAAGAAUCACAGUGGUCCCAACCAGCCCAUUGAGAAGCCGAACUUGGUGCUACGGAAGGGAAGUCUGUGCAACUCCUUGAUAUAGCAAGAGAUGAGCGGUGAGCAGGUAUCAUCUCAUUAUAAGUUCCAAGUGAACACAUGAUAGGAAUAGAUAGAUAGGCCCAACUGGCAGUCACUCCAAAAAUAUGCACACUGCGUCCUAUUCCAGUCAAAUCAAUAUUCGAGAUAAGCCAUGUGUUUACACAAAUGCGUUGUAACGAUGAUGCGUCUGCCCGGCCUUUCUACCUACUUUAUAUUUACGUGUUACUUGUUUCUCUGCACUAUAAUAUGUGAUCAUGUAA